UGAAACAACACGAGACAAACCUGACUAUAUAAACGUGUACUUACUACUUGUUUUAUACGAUUUGAGUCUUCUCUUGAUCUUCUUACUCUUAACAAUUAACUACUUUUACUUUACAUCGUCAUAAUUAUUGGCUAGUAAACGUAUUAUUUUGGCUAAAAGAAAACAAGUACUGUGCAAUUAUAUUAACUGUACUAGGUUCUGCGGUCCGGCGACAACAGUGAGUGUGCCAUGCACAUGUCCUCCACGUGUGAGUGUCAAGACCCUGGGUCAGGCCGUGUGGUGGACAGGAGAGUGCUAUACUGCUGUAAUCACACUCUUCCCGGAGCAAGUUCACCUGCUACACACGGCGCCUCCCACACUCUUUGUCACCGGACCGCCCGGUACAGGUAAAACGGUGGUGCUGCUGCUGAUGGCCAUACAGUGGCUGCUUAGUGGCCACGACGUCUACAUUGUAAGUAUUUGGUUGUCCAGUCGUGCAGCUUGCACCAUGUUGUAUCACCUACUGCAUCAGAGUCUAAGGAUGCAACAGACAUCAGGAGUACCACCCGGUCGAGUUCGACUUCUGACGUAUGAUUUUAAUGCUGAUAAAGACAUGGAGAUGGCCGUCAACGACUUGUCACAGGCGGCAAAGAAAGGGUCGUUGUACGUCAUCGCUGACGAAGUGGGGCUAGAUGAGUGGUCUGAGAACUUCCAGACUUUCUGUGACAAGCUGUUUAAACUAAUUCCUCGUCUCCACCUUUGGGCGGCAAGUUGUUAUCAUGACUACGCACCUAAUGGCUGGCACAUUGAAUAUUUAACCAGACCCCUCCGCUCUCCACCAGUCGUUGUCAGAGAAGUCGCGUUAGACCCAGAAAUUAAUGACCACAAGCGUGUCCACCCGUACAGAGAGCGAGGUGUACCCGACCACACAGACGGCCCGCCAGUCAGACGACUGUAUCACCGAGGUCAGGGUCACCCACAUGAUUGGCCAGGUGACUGUGCCACGUGCGGUCAUGAGGUGGCCAGCUUCCUACACAGUCUUCAUACUGAUGAAACGUCAACCGACAGAGUGGAUGUUUUGAAUGAUAUCAGAGAACAUUUCGACAAGAUGUUCAGUAUCCACCUGUACAACAUCGCCCAGCCUGCAGUGGAGAGACGUGCUGGUGCUGGACUGGGGGCAACCUAAAGACGAUUUGGACAUUAUAAAGGCGAUGAAAGAAGCGGGUAUCCCAGUGCGGGUGAUGAAGGAUGAUGACAUCGAGGACGUGGCCAAAGCGAAUACUGAUGUGGUGUGGGUGGCAGAUGGAGAGCUUGUUCGUGGUCUGGAGAGAAAAGUCGUUGUUUGUCUGGAGAGUCCUUGUGCUGGUAGUAAGCUCUUCAUCAGACUUAACAACAUGUCGCGCUGUACGGCACAGCUUGUGAUUGUCUCCUCUGAAGAUGUCUCCUCCACAGAGUUUUGCUUCCUGUAGAGGAGCAAUUCUACUGAAACAUGGGCUAGUCAUGUGUCUUUCGUUGUUUACAAUCACUAAUAUAAAUGUCUCAUUGUUUUCAGUGUUUAUCAAAUCAAAUCAAAUCAAAUCAAAUCAAAAUCAAAUUAAAUUGUAUUGUCUUGUCGAGGAAACCCAAGACAGAAAUUUGUCAUUUGCUCACAAACACAUAUAAUAUGACGGGCAGGCAUACAUACUCAUACAGACAUCUAACACACACACGCACCUACACAUUCUCACAUACAAAUAGGUAACUGAUGCCAGUAGACCUUCGAGUCCUUGUGCCUUUAUUUAGGAUGGUGAUGGCUGCUGGCCCGAAGGACUUCUGGUAGGCAGCUUUCCGUACACGUGGCACUUUAUAGCGCCUGCCUGAGGGCAACAGCUGGAAGUUGGUGUGGAGAGGGUUCGUUUGGUCUGCGGAGUCUCCUCAGAAGGUACAACCGUUGCUGGGCCUGUCUGUAUACUUGGUUCACGUGAUCACUAAAGGAGAGCCUUCCGUCGAUCACUGUACCAAGGUACCUACACAGCAGCCCUCUGUACUUAUGUCCUUUGAUUUGGAUUGGUGGGGAGAGAGGGGUUGUGCCAUCUCUUCCUUCGUAUGCUCUUCCGAAGGACAUCUCCGUUUUUUCAACGUUCAGCUCCAGAAAGCUGCGGUCAAACCACUCCUCCAGUUCCCCCACACAGGCCAGGUACUGUGACAGGGACUGCUCGUCUUUCAGGCAGCCCACAAGGGCCAUGUCAUCUGCAUAUUUCACAAG